AUGAUGAUGCUGAGGAGAAUGGUGACUAUGAGUAAUGAAGAGGAGGAUAAUGAUGAUGAAGGUGACCAGGGUGAGGAGAAGGGAUGUAUGGAGGAGGAUGAAGCCAGAGCAGGUCCCUCAGUGCCACCCAAGCAGCUGAAUCAGUGCCCUGAGUGUGGGCAGAGCUUCCCACCUGGCUCAGAGCCGGUGAAGCACCACUGCCCCCAGCCUGGCCCCCGGCCCUUUGUCUGUGGGGACUGUGGCAAGAGGUUCAGCCAGGGCUCUCAGCUCAUCCGACACUGCCGCACCCACUCUGGAGAGAAGCUGUUCCCCUGUGCUGAGUGCAGCAAGAGCUUUACCACAAGCUCCAGACUCCUUCAGCAUCAACUCAUCCACAGAGGGGACAAACCAUACAGCUGUGCCGACUGUGGCAGGAGCUUCACCCUGAAGGGGAAGCUAAGCCAUCACCGUUGUGUGCACACCGGAGAGAAGUCUUUCACCUGCACUGACUGUGGCAAGAGGUUUUGCAGGCCCUCUGGCCUCAUGAAGCACCGCCUUACCCACACUGCACCCAAACAGUUCACCUGUGCUGUCUGUGGGCGGAGCUUCACCCGGAGCUCAAUCCUCACCACCCACCGCCUCACCCACACUGGUGAGAAGCCAUACAGCUGUGCUGUCUGCGGCAAGAGUUUCUCUCAGAAGGCUAACCUCAGCCAGCACCGCAGUGUGCACAGCACUGAGAAGUCCACCUGCAGGGACUGCGGCAAGAGCUUCAAACGCAGGUACUACCUUACCAUCCACCGCCGCAUCCACAGCGGAGAGGGGUUCCCCUGUGCUGAGUGUGGCAAGAGCUUCACCACGAGCACGGCAUUCAUCCAGCACCAACUCAUCCACAGCGGCGAGAAACCAUACAGCUGUGCCGACUGUGGCAAGAGCUUCAGACAGAGCUCCACCCUCACCCUCCAUCGCCGUACCCACACAGGUGAGAAGCUGUACAACUGCGCUGUCUGUGGCAAGAGUUUCACUACAAAGUCUUCCCUCACCCAGCACCACAGUGUGCACACUACCGAGAAGCCCUUCACCUGCAGGGACUGCGGCAAGAGCUUUAGCCACAGCACCACCCUCGCCAUCCACCGCCGUGUCCACACCGGAGAGAAGCUGUUCCCCUGUGCUGAGUGCGGAAAGAGCUUCACCAUAAGCACCAGACUCAUCCAGCACCAACUCACCCACAGUGGUGACAAACCAUACAGCUGUGGUAUGUGCAGCAAGAGUUUCACCACAAGCACCAGACUCAGACAGCAUCAACUCAUCCACAGUGGUGAGAGACCAUACAUCUGUGCUGACUGCGGCAAGAGCUUCACCUGCACCUCUAGCCUCACCCAGCACCGUCGUCUGCACACCGCUGAGAAGGCUUUCACCUGUUCUGAGUGCGGCAAGAGCUUCACCCGUAGGAGCAUUCUCAUUUGCCACCUCCGCAGCCACACUGGUGAGAGGCCUUUCACCUGCCCCGACUGCGGCAAGAGCUUCAGCCGCAGCGCCUAUCUCACCAAGCAUCGCUAUAGUCACACUGUUGACCAGCCCACAGUACAGGGGAUGGGAGAUAGACCCAACCAGGGUCUAUUGGGGGAAUCGUGA